UGAUCAACAGUUUGUUUUUGCCCAACUGACAGAUCAAAAUUUUUCUAGCUGCAGACGACGAAAAACAUGGUUUCAAAAGCACAAUGAAAUGUUAAAAAAAAUUCUAUAGCAUCACCAUUCCUCCUGAAGGAAAAAUCCUGCGUCCAAGUCCUCUAAAAUCCCCACAGAGUCUUGAAUAAGCGAGGAAAACAGUACUUUUUGGUCGAGACGCGUUCACAUGUUCAUGGGCGCAGCCAUCUUGGUUUGUCUGACGUUCCCGGUGCAUUCUGGGGUAUCAAUACAUUUCCAAGCAGAUGUCAUCUGUACUGUCGUCAACGGCAGACUUCAUUUCUAUGCCAUAUGGGCGUCUUUUUGAUGGUUAAGUAGUGUCGUAAACUGGUCACAGCGGCGUGAUAGUUUCUACUCGCGUUUCUGGUCACUUAUAUCUCUACUAGUGUCCGUUGUUCGCCCUUUUCCCACAGUCAAGGCCGUCUUCGCUGUGUGCCCCCCUCCCACAAUCUUUGAUUCACUUUCACUUCAUUAUGAUACGCAAUCUUCUCGUUGUUGGGCUCGGCGCCGUUGGGAGCUAUGCGGUUUAUAAGGUUAUAGACAGACUUUACUUCUCAGAGAAGAAAGAAGAUACUGAGAACGAAACUGACAAUGAGAGAAAGACAUCGCAACAAGUUUAUGACAAUGCCGAUUCACUUGAAGGUGAACUUGGGGGCCUGACCAUGUGCAGUUCAUUGUCAGCAAACCAACUGGCCUUUCUUUCUGCUCUGCUUCAGUCAGAAAACCCUGGAGUGGUGGAACGGACGCUUUGUACCAUCGGCAACCUGGCAGCAUUCACGAGCAACCAGAACGCCAUGAGAGAGUCGAACCUGUUGCAGGCUGUCGUGGACACUCUUAAAAAAUCGGACGAAUCGUCAGGUAUCCAAGCAUGCUGUUGCCAGGCACUGGCCAACCUGGCCAUGAACGUGGCGAAUCAAGCCGUGGUGCAAUCCUGCUUGCCGUUUGUCGUGAACAAAAUUGUCCAAUCCACAGAAAGCGACGCCACCACCUUGUCUGGCCUGAAGCUUCUUACAAACAUGACUGUUAUGGAAGACUACCACCAUCACCUGUACCCAGCUGUGCCAAAACUGCUGCAGUUGUCCACCACGGAUCAUGAUGCACCGGUACAACUCCAGUCCUUGAAGGUCCUCGUCAACCUGUCCUGUAACCAGGCAUUUAUCCAGACGCUGCUACGUUCACCUGUCCCGCCGACAUUUCUCGCUCUACUACAGUCCACCAUGGGUGACGUACAGCUUCGAGCCCUGACUUUUGUAGCGAACGUCAUCUCGUCCUUAGAAGAUGAAGUCCUCUCCAGUGAUUUUGCUGCGGACUCGUUGCAGGCUGUGUUGUAUGGCAGUGGGGGGCGCCGGCGGGAUAUCUAUGCCACGGUGCUCAAGUUGACGAAACAUCCCAGUGAGGAUGUCAGGAGGCAGGCCUCUCGUGUGUUGGUGGCAAAGAUGCUGAGAUAUGACAACCAGGACUGAUAUUUGUGGCCACUGAGUGCAGUAACAUUAGUGGCAUCCUCACUCCAUACCUUACACUAGUUACAGCUAGAUGGAAAAAGGUUAGGUGUGACAG